AUGAGGUCACAGACUCUGGCUGUUGCCCUCUUGGCGGCAGCUGACCAGGUUGCAGCUGCUGUAACCACAGAACGACAGCUACACAAGCGCGACCUCGCAUACUCGCCGCCCGUCUAUCCGUCACCAUGGAUGGAUCCCAAUGCCGACGGCUGGACUGAUGCUUACGCCAAGGCCAAGGACUUUGUCUCCCAGCUCACGCUUCUCGAGAAGGUUAAUUUGACCACCGGAGUCGGUUGGCAAGGAGACCUGUGCGUCGGCAACGUUGGUUCCGUCCCCCGUUUGGGACUCCGCGGCCUUUGCAUGCAGGACGGCCCUGUCGGCAUCCGCUUCUCCGACUACAACUCGGUCUUCCCCUCCGGCCAGACCGCCGCCGCGACUUGGGACCGAGAGUUGAUCUACCGCAGAGCCGAAGCUAUCGGGUUCGAGCACCGCGCCAAGGGCGUCGACGUUGUCCUGGCCCCGGUUGCCGGACCUAUUGGUCGUGCACCAGCCGGCGGCCGCAACUGGGAAGGCUUUUCGUCCGAUCCUUACCUGACUGGCGUUGCCAUGGCCGAGUCAGUCAAGGGAAUCCAGCAGCACGCCAUCGCCUGCGCCAAGCAUUUCAUCGGCAACGAACAGGAGCACUUCAGACAAGCUCCAGAGGCAAUUGGCUAUAACUACACCAUAGACGAGUCCAUCAGCUCGAAUAUUGAUGACAAAACUCUCCACGAAUUAUAUUUGUGGCCAUUCCAGGACGCAGUGGCUGCUGGGGUAGGUUCCUUCAUGUGCUCAUACAAUCAGGUGAACAACUCGUAUGGCUGCCAGAACUCCAAGCUCAUGAACGGCAUCUUGAAAGACGAGCUUGGUUUCCAGGGAUUCAUCAUGUCUGAUUGGUCAGCUGGAGUUGCUACUGCGGUUGCCGGUCUCGAUAUGGCCAUGCCUGGUGACACAGCGUUCAACUCUGGCAUGACGUUCUGGGGAACCAAUCUAACCGUGGCCGUCCUGAACGGCACGCUCCCCGAGUACCGGCUCGAUGACAUGGCGAUGCGCAUCAUGGCCGCAUUCUUUAAGGUCGGCUUCGAACUGAAUGAGGUACCCGAGAUCAACUUUUCCUCGUGGACGACGGACACCGUUGGUCCGCUACAGUACUACGCCAAGGAGAACGUUCAAGUCAUCAACCAGCAUGUCGACGUUCGAAGAGGUCAGGAACACGGUAAACUCAUUCGUGAGAUCGCCGCCAAGGCCACUGUGCUGCUGAAGAAUGAGGGCGCUCUCCCGCUGAAGAAGCCCAAGUUCCUGGCUGUUAUCGGAGAGGAUGCCGGCCCCAACCUCAGUGGGCCCAACGGGUGCUCCGACCAUGGCUGUAACGAAGGAACGCUCGGCGCUGGCUGGGGAUCCGGAACCUCGAACUACCCCUACCUCAUCACACCGGACCAGGCACUGCAAGCUCGGGCUGUUGCGGAGGGUUCUCGGUAUGAGAGCAUUCUCAGCAACUAUGACUUCGCCGCCACCACGGCCCUGGUUACGCAACCAGACGCCACGGCCAUCGUCUUCGUCAAUGCGGAUAGCGGUGAAGGCUACAUCGAUGUGGGUGGGAACGAAGGCGACCGUCAGAACUUGACGCUUUGGAAUGGGGGAGACGAGCUGGUCAAGAACGUGGCUGCAGGCAACAACAACACUAUUGUCGUGAUCCACUCCGUCGGCCCUGUGUUGCUGGCUGACAUGAAGAACAACCCCAAUAUCACGGCGAUUGUCUGGGCCGGUCUUCCGGGUCAGGAGUCUGGUAAUUCGAUCACGGACGUGCUCUACGGAGACGUUAACCCCGGAGGCAAAUCCCCGUUCACUUGGGGUCCCACGCGCGAGAGUUAUGGCACCGAUGUUCUGUACGAGCCCAACAAUGGUGAGGGUGCUCCUCAAGACGACUUUAGCGAGGGUGUCUUCAUCGACUACCGCUACUUCGACCGGGCGACCUCGGGUUCCAACGAGACCUCCACUGGCGCAGCCCCCGUCUACCCAUUCGGAUUUGGUCUCUCGUACACGACGUUUGAAUACUCCAACUUGGUCGUAACCCCCAAGGAGGCAGGCGAGUACACGCCCACCACUGGCGUGACGGAGAAGGCGCCGACCUUUGGCAACUACAGCACCGACCCGGCGGCCUACGUUUUCCCGAGCGGAGAGUUCCGUUACAUCUACAACUUCAUCUACCCCUACCUCAACACUACCGACAUUAGCAAGUCGGCCAACGACCCCGCGUACGGACAGACGGCGGACGAGUUUCUGCCUCCCAAGGCUCUGGAGAGCGGUCCCCAGCCCAAGCACCCAGCAUCGGGCGCCCCUGGCGGCAACCCUCAACUUUGGGACGUCCUGUACACUGUGACUGCCACGAUCACUAACAAGGGCGACGUUGCCGGCGACGAGGUUGCCCAGUUGUACGUCUCGCUCGGCGGUCCGAAUGAUCCGGUCAAGGUGCUGCGUGGGUUCGACCGCAUUGGUAUCGCGCCUGGCGAGUCGGCCACUUUCACGGCGGACAUCACCAGACGCGACCUCAGCAACUGGGACACGGUGAGCCAAAACUGGGUCAUCAGCAAGUACCCGAAGAAGGUGUGGGUGGGAGGCUCGUCGAGGGAGUUGCCUCUGAGCGCGUCGCUCUAA